GUGUAUUUUUUCUGAAGAAAAUAACUGUUAGCAGGUUAAAUAAAGGUAUGAAUGAAUACUUCACAACAACAACAACAACAACAACUUACUAACGUAUUAGUCAAAUAACCUACGCGGCUCCAGGCGUGUGUCGAAGUUUUCUGCGGAGCACACUGACUCUUAGUGGGCAGCACACGCUUUGUUGUUGGCCGGAGCAUUGACGUUAGCUGCUAGCUUUAGCUAACACCGGCUAGUUGCAGGUAACAAUAGUAGACUCACAUGCAUGUCUUCGUUGUGUUACUGCUGCUUGGCUAGCUAACAACAGCCCGUCUUCGGUCCACGGCCUGACCUCAUGGAUCCCGGUGGAAGUGAACUGGACUCCAGCCUGCCACAGCCCGAGAACCCGUGUCUGAUCGUGGAGGACUCCCAGCCGGACAGUGUCGCUCUGGAGGACGACCCCGAAAGCAGCUACCGAGCUCUGCUGGCCCGGCGCCUGUCCAGCCUGCAGCCCACCUCCCGCAGUCCGGUUCUGAUGGAGACAUCAAUCCAGCCAUCCAUCCAUCCAUCCAGCCAGCCAUCCACUAUUCAGGGUCACUUGGUGAGAUUGGACGAGAGGCCGAGAGGCAGGGAACUGAUAUCUUCCCCGUUAGGAAGCAGAUUAUCUCAGACUGAUAGCCAAUCAGAGAGCUCCCAGAGUAACUACCAAGCCGAACCAGGCAUUCUCAUGGCGGACAACCCCAGUUCUGCAUUCCAGGAGGAAAGUCAAGUUCUAACCAUUAGCCCUCCAGCGAACAAGAAAAAGUGUGCAGCAGAGGACACUGAUAUGGAUUCUGGAGCUGAUUCUACCACACACUGCAUUCAGUCUGAGGAGGGAACCUCUCAGUUUGGGUUUCUCGAGCUUUCCCAGAGUCAGGAUCUGCGAGGUGAAGCAAGGAACAGUCAGGAGGAAGAAGAAGACAUCGUACCGCAGCCAGACAGCGAAAGACGCACCAAAUUAGAGCAGAACAUCAGCUCCAGGACUUCAGAGAGUCAGGACAACAAAGCAGUGAGAUCUGAGGUGAGCUCCAGCAGCUCAUUGGAGCCUCCAGGUCCGUUGGGGAGGCAGCUGAGCGUCCAGGCUCUUCUGCACUCACAGGCCUCUGGUGAGCAUGGCGAGCAGGACUGUGAGAUCCUGUCCUCGCAGGAGGACAUGUUCGACGCUGACAAGACAGGUGCUGCGGUGGACAGCACAGUGUCUGAGCCGGAGCAGCAGGCUCACCCCACCUCGACACCGGCCCACACCCUGCGACUGCUGCAUCUGUCUGGACAGGGAACACUGGUGCAGGAAAGUCUGUCCCAGAGCUCUGUCGACUACGUUGCCCCCACCCCAGACAACUUCACCCACACCCCUUUAAUUGUUCCCAGCUCACCAACUGGACCAGAGAAUGAACACGGAGCUGAUGAAGCGAUGGAUACUUCACUGCCCUCAGAAGACCGAGCCGGAGAAAAUGAAGAGCCGAUGGAAACGGAGGCAGCCUCCAAGCCACACCCGUCCGCCUCUACUCCUGUAUCCCAGAAUUCCCCUGGAUUUGUGUUAGAGCGAACUCUCUCUAUACCCUCCCAGCCAGAGUUCUCUCAUGAUGUGUUUGUCCCAACGCAGAGCCAAGAGGCACCACAACAGUCAGAUAAGAAGAUGGCAUCAUUGCCUGGCGAGACACAGUCUCAACAGCUGGAGUCAGCUGCUUUCACUUUGCCUUUGCAGCUCUCUGUGAACACGCAGAGCAGUAGCCCAGCCCAGAAGACCUCGGAACAUAUUGAGGAGGACAGCCAGGCCACUCAGAUCGAGGAACUGGAGGAGCCGCCCGGUGUCAACACCAGCGACUCUGUGGUUUCGCACCAGAGGAGGGAGAGCAACGGCGUCUCUUCAGAGUCACAAACUGCCACCAGUUCUAAAGCCUCCGCCUCUGCUGAAUCACCAAGGCAUCGCAGCGAAUGUGCCAAGAAGGAGGCGACCAAUCUGUCACAGCAGUCUGACGUGCACAAAAAGACCCCUUUGAAUGUACAAGAUGUGAAUGUAAAAGACAGUAAGAGUGACCGCGAAGAGGCGAGCUCUGCCGACGCGGUGUCCUGCUUGCAACCAAAGUUUGAUCCCUCCGAUCUGACGGUUAACAGCUGUGUGCAGGAGACUCCCCCAGACACUACACCAUGCAGUUUGUCCUCGCAGUCUAUGAUCUCUAACACAUCUGCUGUGGAUGUGGUGAAGGGUUCUGUAGACUUGAGGAAGGAAGGAGGAACUGCAAAGAGUCCUUCUGUAAAAUCAUUGUCACAGAAGUGUGGAACGGUUGGCAACAGUCAAACAGUCAAACACGUGAUGGACGAGCCUGUGCAGGGUGAGGUAGAAGAGGAGGUCGUGAUGGAGGAGGGGGAGAGCACAUUGGGAGGCGGGGCCUCAGGAAUGGCUCUGGCCCUCUCCCAGAGCCAGCUGCUGUCUCCUGAGCCCGCGGAGGGGGAGAGCAGCAACAGAGGAGAGGACAGUGUCGUCGUCGUUACAGACAGCGAGAGAGACUCCCAGGUUCUUCAGAAAGACGUGUCGUCACAGUCGGAGACCAACAGUUCCCAGCCAAUCGGAGGCAACGUGUCCGUCUCCACUAACGGCCACGAGUCCCAGGCGCAGGCGAAGAAGGUGCACCCGGCUCCUGAUAGGCUCUCCCAGACUGAGAGGGUGGGGCCUGAACCAGAGGGGCUCAAAGACAAGAGCCUGAGCGAUAGCUCGGGAGAAAUUUCCUUCCACUUCACACUUCCUAAAGAAGGGGAGCUGAUUGGUCCUGCUGUCGGUGCCACGCCCCCUCUAAUCAGCCAGCUGAAGCAGAGGCUGAGGCACAGCACUCCCAUCGAGAUCACUUCCUUUUCCGAAAAGUCAGGCGUGGCGGGGGAUGUCUCUGCAGACGGGGCGAUGGCAGCCAGCGACAUUGUGUCGGGGGAAAGCGGGGACGACACGACGGAAAAGGGAGACGGGAAGCUGAGUUUGAGGAUGAAGCUGGUGACCCCCGUCGAAGAGGGCAGCUCGGAGCACUUCAGCCUGCAGAAGCCAGCACUAUCAGAAGAGGAUGAAUCUGUUGUCAAGGUUACCACUGUUUCCAAGGCUGUUACCAGCAGCCCGUCGGUGUUCAGUCGUGUCAGACAGGUGCACAGACAGCAGGAGCCAAGGGAGGACAGCCAGGCUGGAGGCAACACCACACCGGUCAGAGAGGAGCUGUUUGCCUCACCACAGAGGAGCUCCCAGGCGUCCUCGCUGGGAUGCAACAGCCUCCAUAACAGCCAAUCGGAGCCUUCACAACAGGAAGUGUUGGCAGCACUGCAGGAGAGCCAUAAGGAUCCUCCCGGCCCUACCGAGCAGUCUGGGGAUAAGCGUGGACCCCCUCAAGCUCCAGAGCCGCCCACCCCGAACAGGACCGAUGGCAGACAGAGGGCUCCUCAGCAGACCAUCGCCUCCAGUCCGUCCAACAAGCUCCGUCAGCGGACAGUCUCCCAGCAGACCAGCUUCGACGCACCGGGGCUGCGCUCCCCAGCUGGCAGGGGUGAACCAGAGUCUCCGUCCUUUAGAAGAACCGCCGCCCCUGCCCACCGCAGACACGUGCGCACCAUCCAGGAAGUGCGAACCACCGUCACACGGAUCAUCACAGACGUGUAUUAUGAGGACGGCAAAGAGGUGGAACGCAAAGUCACCGAGGAGACAGAGGAGCCAGUGGUGGACUCCCAGGUGUUGGACAGCGACAUCUCCCCGUGCCGCACAGGCAGCAGCUCUUUGGCCUCUGGUGACCUGGCUGACAUCAGCUCUCUGUCGUCCAAGGCCUCCAGCCUGCAGCACAGCUCCGGAGGAACCAGCAGCAGCGGCUUCACCAGGCCGGACUUCAUCAUGCCGCCCAUUCGAGGGACCAUGUCCUUCAGUCCCAGGAGGGGAGGCGGGCAGCAACAGAGGGGUCACAGGGGUCACAGGGGUCAAAGGGCAGGGUCAGUGGUCACAAUGCACAGAGGCGACAGCACCCUGGGGUCCCGGGCCUUCGUCCCGCUGACCCCCAGAGGAAGGGCUAGAAGGGGCCGACCCCCAUCCCGCGCCUCCAUGUCCAGGGGAGGUGGUGUUGGCUCGCUGCAGAGGCUCGGUGCUCGGUGCUCACAGCCACAGUCCUCCUCAGAGGACGAGCUGUACACCCGCAUGCUCCCCCCGCGCCUCCCCGUCAGCCCCACAGACGCCGAGCUGCCCAGCCACUCCGACUCCCUCAGGUCAUCGCCGGAGGAGGCUAGCUCGGCCGGGAGCAGCUUCGUCGGCCUGCGGGUGGUGGCCAAGUGGUCGUCCAACGGCUACUUCUACUCCGGCCGCAUCAUCAAGGACAUCGGGGAGGGGAGAUUCCGCCUGCGGUUUGACGACGGGUACGAGUGCGAGGUGGCGGGGAAGGAUAUCCUGCUGUGUGAUCCCAUCCCCCUGGGGACGGAGGUCACCGCCCUGCUGGAGGACGAGUACUUCAGCAUAGGUGUUGUUAGGGGCCAUAAAACAGAGGGGCAGGAGCUGUUCUACAGUGUGGAGAAGGACGGACAGACGCAGUGGUACAACAGGACCGCCAUCAUCCUGUCUCUGGAGCAGGGAAACAAGCUGAGGGAGCAGCACAGCCUCGGGCCCUACGAGCCCUCCACCCCCCUGACCAAAGCCUCCGACAUCAGCCUCGAUAACCUGGUGGAGGGGAAGAGGAGGCGCAGAGGAGGCCCCGAGGGUCUGAACACCCCCAACCGCAGCUCCUCCAGCAGCCCCCGAACCCCCGGCCCCUCCGGCAAGAGGAAGCUGAUGGCCUCCGAGGACAACAGGACGCCGGCCAAGAGAGGCCGCAGGGGCUCGGGGGUCAAAGCUGCUCAGCGGGUCGGACUGUGUAACACCUCUGGCAGCGGCACAGACCUCCCCGGUCAGUCUUGUGAUGUGGGGGAGACUCACGGCCCGCUGCCCCAAAACACCACUCUCUUCAUGGGCUUCGCCUUCAUGCUGACUACCUCGUCUGAGAUCGACCGGCUGACCAACAAGCACAGCAGCGAUGACGAGGAAGAUUAUGUGCAGACAGGUCCGUAUAACAAAGCAUACACAGAGUCCCAGCUGCAGGCAGGUGGAGGCUUCGUCCUGCCAGACUUCAAUGAAGAACAAUGUAAGGCAGCUUACCAGAGCCUGCUCAUUGCAGACCAGCACUGUCGUACAAGGAAGUACCUGCUGUGUUUGGCCAGCGGUGUGCCGUGUGUGUCACACAUCUGGGUGCGGGACUGCUGCAAAGAGAACAAGCUGCUCAACUACAGGAACUACUUGCUGCCUGCCGGCGUGGGGCCAGAUGAGACCAUAGUAGAAUGGCAUCCACGCUGCAGCCCGUUCAAAGCUCUGCGGGUCCUUCUGGUGUUUGAGAAGCCAGUGGAGCUUUGGGCACAGCUGAUAACCUUGGGUGGAGGUUCUUCUCUUCGACAGUUCCAGGCGGACAAAGAUGGCUCAGACAUUCCUGCGGGCAAGUAUGAUGUUGUGGUGACAGACCGUGCCUGUCCGCCAUUGGUAGAGAAAAACGUGACGUCGCAGGAAGUCCCGCUGGUGUCUCCUGAGUGGCUGAUCCAGAGCGUCAUCCGUGGGGAGCGCCUGGGUUUCCAUAGCAAGCCUCAGUAUCGCCACGACUACUCCUCCUCCACCUCCUCCUCAUAAUCUGACUCCACAUGUGCAAAAUGCCUUCGACCAUGUUAAAUGUUCAGCAUUAAUUCUGUUGCAUGCCUUUUCUGUAUAUAACGUUAUCCUGUCUGUUUUUAUGGGAUAAUAAAUUGUGACCCUCGUUUCAUUUUAA